AUGAGUAAUUGGCUUAAUACUUGUGUAGGUAUUGAUAGAGCAAUGGCAGUUUUUCAAGGAACUAACUUUAAUAAGAAAAGAAGUCGAUGUAUUGCACGAUGGAUUAUUUGUCUUUUACCAUUUCUUAUUUUAAGUUCAAUGAUUUAUGAAUUUAUUAAUCGCGAUUUGUUUGAUGAUUAUGAAGAACGACGUGUUUGGUGUGUAGUUCGUUAUUCUAAAUCAAUUGAACUAUAUACGAAUAUCGUUCAAUAUUUUCAUUUUAUUGCUCCGUUUUUAGCGAAUUUAAUUUCAGCUAUUUUUAUUAUUGUAUAUAUAACUCGUCUAAAAACGACUGUUCAAUCUCAAUUCAGUUCUCAACAACAAUUACUCAAUCAAAUCAACCAGCACAAACAACUUGUUAUCAGUCCUAUUAUCUUAGCCAUUCUAUUAUUUCCUCGUUUUCUCUUUUCAUUAUUAUCAACAUGUAUUAAAUCAUCUCAAAAUCCUUGGUUGUAUCUUUGCGGUUAUUUUGUUUCAUUCAUUCCAUCAUCUUUUAUCUUCGUCAUAUUUGUUUUACCAUCGACUUUCUAUAGGAAAGAAUUCAUAAAAACAAUUACUACUUGGCGGCAACGAUUUAUGAGAGCUAUUAGAGCUUGGCAUUAA